AUGCUUCAAGGGGUGGUAGACACAAGCCUUAUACAUGGUCUACGGCCUUGGCCCAAUGGCUUGGUCUUAAGCCAUUUACGGUAUGCAAAUGACACUCUGAUGUUGUUAGACUGUUCUUCGGAGAAUGUGCAGAACACUUGGUUGUUUCUUAAGCUCUAUGAACUUGUUUCCUGUGCUCGUAUUAAUAUGGCCAAAUCUCGGAUCAUUGGGAUUAACUAUGAAGCUUCACAAAUCCAAGAUUGGGCACUCUGGUUGAAUUGUGAAAUUGAUCACUUACCAACUAAAUACUUGGGUCUGCCACUCAUUGAUGACAACACUCCUCGGUCCCUUUGGGAUCCACUCAUUCAGAGGGCUCAUCACAAACUCGACGGCUGGAAAUCCAGGUUCUUGUCCUUCGCUGGCCAGACAACUCUUGUUAAAGCUACUUUCUCUAACAUUCCAAUCUAUUAUUUUUCAGGCACCCGGAGUUAUCAUCAAGAAGUUAGAGCAAUUAAGGCGCAAUUUCAUGUAGAGCGGUUCCCAACAAAAAAGCAAGUUUCAACUAGUUAA